AUGUGGUCCCUCGUUCAGCAUUUCAAGGCCGCCCAUCGGAUGCCCUGCCGCUGUCUCCGCUGUGACAGUGACCUCACCAUCACGGAAACCCCUGACUACCUCCAGUCUUUCCACUGGUUCGAGUGCAGUGGCAAUGGAUGCUCCUUCCGUUUCUUGCGCGGCCUGACGCCCGCUCAGAUAGACGAACUAGUCGGCCGACAACACAAGCCCCUCGACGCGUCAAUGUGGUGGUUUCUCAACCAGCUCUUGUUUCCGCAGAAAAGCUUUAGACCACGAGGCUCUCCGUUCCAUCUCGCCCAAGGCGGCCACCGCUGGGGCCGCCUGUUCGGCACCGGCCCCUCCACGGGUGAAUAUUCCGGAGCUGCCUCGUAUGCCGACUUCAUUGCCGUCCAUGGACUCCGCUUCCUCGAGGCCGCCGAAGAGCGCUUCCGAGAAGAGACGGCCUACGCGGACAUCGAAUCGUUGCAGCCGUUUGCAAAUCGAGUCACGAUUGUCGAAAUGGUGCAUAUGUACCUCGCCGACAGGAUUGCCCGGCAAGGCUGGUUCGACUCCCCGGCCAUGAGACUGCAAAAGACAACCCAAGCACAGCGAGCCGAUGCGUUGCAGGCGAUUAUCAAAACCUUGGCCCUGCACGAGCACACGCCGCAGAAGGCACAAGCCUGCAGGCAGCUAUGGCCUCUUGUCAACGUGUCUGUCGAAACUCUCCCAAAGAUAUGGCUCCGGUUAAACGAAUCUCCGGGUGCCUUGAUCGAGCGCCUACACCAAGCAGAUGAUGACCAGCCACCAAACCAGCAUGCAUCGGAACGGGGUGCGUGGCCGCCGUUGCAGUCUCGUACAGACGCCCACUCCCGACCUCAAGCUAGGGCUUUGGGGCCUGGCGGCCCAUCUACCAUGGGUGCUCCCAUGAUCGGCGACCAUUUUGCGGCACACAGCCCCCGAUCUCAAACCCAGACCCCAACUUGGACCCCUGGCGGGCGCCUCCCCCUUGGAUCUGUCAGUGCUCCCAUGUCCGGCGGCGUAGUUGAUGCACGCCCCCAACCUCAAGCCAGGGAUCGGUCGCCUGGCCACUCCGAACCUGUCGGUACUCCGCUGUCCAGCCACGAGGGUCCUGCCCAGGCCCAGGAGCUCAUGGAACAGCUCUCGCUGUGGGACACGAUGGACGCGGAGGAAGAACCUCAGGGGCGAGUAGUGGAUAGUAGAGGCGCCGAGUCUCCUUUUGGAGACCGAUCAGAACGGGAAUGA